GACAAUGAUCAGGGUAGCAGCAGUCUAGAGGCGCAAUCCCCCCCCCGUUGACGGAACACCGCAGAACAAGGCAACCAUCCACAGUCAUUGCUUCACAAUGUGGCGGGAUCGGACCAAUCUUUAUAUCUCCUACCGUCAGUCGUUCACACAUCAUCCGGCCAAGAAGCCACGUUAUCUCGGCGCCUCCAAUGGCUUCUCCGACAUCCCCUCACAGUCUGAAGAGAGCCGCCGACUCAUCGCCGAAACGGGCGGAUCAGAUGAGGAUGGCGACGCUAUCAUCGAGAUGGACGUAUUACCCCCGCGCUGGGUCGAUGUGCAGGACGAAGUGACGGAGCUGCUCGCCGACAUCGCGCAGAAGUCCGCCCAGCUGGACAAGCUACACCAGAAGCACCUUCUCCCCGGGUUUGGUGACGAAGAGAUCAGGAAGCAGGAUGAAGCAGCAAUCGAGCGACUCACCCAGGACAUCACGCGCUCCUUCCACGUAUGCCAGAAGGCCGUGCAGAGGAUCGAGAUGAUGGUGCGGGAUGCUAAACAGCAGGGCGGAGUCAGCAGCGGAGAUGAGACCAUGGCGAAGAAUCUACAGAUCUCACUGGCCGCCCGCGUGCAGGAAGCCAGCGCUCGGUUCAGAAAGAAACAAAGCAAUUACCUGAAGAAGUUACGAGGCUUGGAGGGCGGCGCUUCCUCUUUUGACCGGUCGCCGACCCCGAUGCAGAACCCCUUCACAGAUCCCUCCCUCCUGGAAUCGGAUGCGGACAAGUCCUUCUCCCAGUCCACCCUCAUGCAAACCUCCCAGCGUCUGUCAACAUCAAAUGACGCCGCUAUUGUACAACGGGAACGGGAAAUCAAUGAUAUCGCCAAAGGAAUUAUUGAGCUGUCAGACAUCUUCCGCGAGCUACAGGCUAUGGUAAUUGAUCAGGGUACUAUGCUGGAUCGCAUAGAUUACAACAUCGAACGCAUGGGUACGGAGGUCAAGGCAGCAGAUAAAGAGCUCAAAGUGGCUACUAACUAUCAGCGCCGCACGGUCAAGCGCAAGAUUCUCCUUCUCUUGGUAAUAUUGGUGGCAGGGUUAUUCAUCGUAUUGCUAGUCAAACCAAAGAAACAUGAUUCCCCUGAGCUUCCUUCACCGGCACCGGCACCGGCACCGGCACCGGCACCAGAGCCACCCUCUACACAGCAAAAUCAACAAUCCCCUGGAUUGAGCUCUCGUGCAUUCAGGUCAAGCUACCACCGAAAGAGACGACCGUCGUUGUCCAGGGUCGCGAGGGACAAAUGGGUGGAUCCAGACAUAUACCCAUAGUUCUUUUUGUUGAAUUCAGUAUUUUCGACUGGUUCCGGUGAUACAUUGUCAUUCUUCAAUAGCAAAAACAGCCAACAGCCAGCCAACAUCAUAAAUGAUUGUAAGAAGCGCCUCCCUGCAGAAGCAUGCUUAG